AUGGCUUCAGCUGUGGCCAACAGAGCUUUAGGAGCUAUUGUUGGUGCAGCAGUGGCAGAUGCAGCAGCCCAGCCUCUCCAUUGGGUAUACGACCUACAGAAAUUACACUCUAUUCUGGCCAAAGACCCAAACCCGGAGUUUCGGACUGAAUCUGCAAACCCCUUCUACUCCGUGCAAACAGGUCUACAAAGCUGCUACGGGGAUCAAGCUUAUGUCCUGCUUGAGUCUUUAUCAGAGUGCGGAGGUCUUGACGUUGACGAUCUUAAAAAGCGAACGCUGAAAUUCUUUGGUCCAGGGUCAGUGUAUGACACUCCUGUGAAUGAUCCAUACAGGCAGAGAGGGGGCCCAAGACCUCAACUGCCAAUUGAGGGACCAUGGAGACAUGCAAGUUUGAAAAGUUUCCUAAAAAAUGUGGAUGAAGGAAAGCACAAUACAGGUUGUGAGACUGACUGUCAAAUUGAUGGAAUAACCAAACUAGCUCCUAUAGUGGCUUUUUACGCUGGAAGGCCUGAAAUGCUGGAGAAAGUUGAAGAUGCCAUCCGAGUGACACAGAAUUAUGAUCCUUGUGUGGCAGAGACUCUCGCAGCAGCAAGAUUACUGGAACAUUACAUCUUACAUGGCUCUGAUCCCAAUGCCAUCGAUGUGGUGAUUGAGCAGUCAUCGGACACCUUAUGCAAGUGA